AGAGAAACUUGGCCCGGCACAGAUACGCAUCUGGGCAGACGACCUCUGGACAUUAUGAGUUCGGCCGUCAACAUGUCAGACCCGUCGGCGGUGGCGGCCAUGAUGGCGGAGCAGGCGGCGGCCAUGGCGGCUGUCAAGUCGUUCAACAUCGAGGCCUUUACCCUCAUGGGCAUUGCGCUCUUGGCAACAUCCCUGAGGACGUACUCGCGUGCCAGCACCGUUGGCUUUUCAAACUUUCAGGCCGACGACUACCUCGUCUGGGUUGGCACGGUGGGCCAUUGCUUUGAGACUGGUCUGGCUUACUCGGUUGGUGAACACGCCCACGGCCUCGCCAACGAUGCCAUAAGCCCCGAGGGUAGGGCUACUCUGAGCCCCGACAGUCCCGAAUAUCAGAUGCGCGUCCUCGGUUCCAAGAUCCAGUUAUGGGGAUGGUCGACUUAUGCGACCCUGCUUUGGAGUCUGAAGGCAUCCAUGUGCACCUUUUUCCUGCGCUUGACGGAUGGACUCCACGUGUACAAGUCGAGGAUUUACAUUGGCUUCGGCUUCAUCUUCUUUUCGUGGCUCACGCUCGCCCUGACGCUGCUGUCCAGCUGUCGCCCGUUCCACAACUACUGGCAAAUCAAUCCCGACCCUGGACGAUACUGUCACCCUGCCGUGUCGCCCGCUCUCAUCUGGACGUUUUUGUCCAUGAACGUCAGCACGGAUCUGUACCUAAUCUCGAUCCCGAUGCCCCUCCUCUUCACGGCCAACGUGACGUGGCGGAAGCGCCUGGCCCUGGUGAGCGUGUUUUGCUGUGGACUGUUUGUCACGGCGGCCGCCAUCCUGCGAGUGAUACUUAUUGUCAGCGACCUCAAAAACGGCGCCUUCCUAGCCGGAUCCUGGGCCGUGCGCGAAACCUUCGUGGCCGUGAUAACCACCAACAUGCCGAUGCUGUUCCCGCUGUUCCGGCGGUGGCUGAACCCGUUCCUGGGCCGCAUCUCGUCGUCGCUGGGCACGUACGGGUACCGGGGCAAAUCGACCGGCGGGGGCGCGUCGUCGCGCAACAACAACAACAACCACAACCACCACCUGCCGCCGCACCAGCGCGCCAUCCAGACGGUCGGCAUGCAGCGCAUGCGCAAGCAGCCGCAGCACAGCCUGAACCACAUCACCAACCUGAGCGUGACGUACGCCAACGAGUCCGAGGAGCGCAUCUACGAGCUGCACGACGUCGGCGCCGGCGCCGGCAACAAGCCGGCCGGCACGGGCGUGGUGACCGAGAUCAUCGGCGGGGUCGGCCGCGACGACAAGGGGAUCAAGGUCGGCCGUGGCACCGACGACGACGGCGACGACGACGACGACGACCACCGCAGCGAGGAGCAGGAUCGCCUCAGCGACCUCAGCAGCGAGCUGUUGUCGUCGUCGCCGCCCCCCGCCGCCAUCGGCAUCCAGAGGCGCGUCGAGAUCGUCGUCGAGGAGGAGCAGCACGAGAUCCCCGCGGGUGCGGCCGGCAAUCAGGCCGACCGCGUGCUGGGCGGCAACUUUGUCGCCGUGUCUUCGGGGGGCGGGCCCGUCGUGGGUGCGGCCGGCAGCGGCAGGAAUAGGAGCAGCACCGUCGAGAGCAGGAGUCCUGGCGCCGCGCGGACCAGUUAUUUUGCCGACCACGUCAAGUCGGAAAACUACAACCGGAUAUGA